UGCUGUGGGUGCUGCAGUUGUUGUGAUAUUGAAGUUGGAGAGCUGUGGCAUCUGUAGCCGCCGAAUGUGAAAGUGUAAAUGUGAUGCGAUUUGGUGUCAAAUAUGAGGGGUGAAUUUGGGCGCAUUGACAAGCGGAAUCGAAACAGGGAAGAGCAGCAGUAACGCUAUAGUGAACUGGUACAGAGGUGACCUAAUACAGGUACCUCUGACAGCAAAUUAUUCAGUAACAAGUUACGCAUUGAAUGGUUUGUGCCGGAAACGGGUUCUCGGUUCUCGCGCAAUUAUUCGCUGCCUUUUUUCGGGAGUGACUGUCUAACUAGGCACUCCGAAAGAAAACAAAUAAGAGAUAAGAAAAAACAACAACGCAGUAAAUCGUAAAGGAAGCUCUAGUUUCUGCCGGUAAUGUGAAGCCAAAGUUACAAUUUUUGAUUAUGAAACAUCUAAAGUAGCAGAAGCGGCGAUAGCGAUUUUAUAAGGUCAAUGACAGUCAGAUAUUUAAAACUGAUGACGAUAAAACGCUUUAAUUACCGACGACGUGGGUGGCAUUGAGUCUCGGUUCAAGCUAUUAAAAUAGUUACGUCGCUACACUCACAGUUGUGCACGCACCCUGAAUCCAGCUUCACAGGUGAGGUUGACGCCAACGCUACCGGUAAGACGACAAAAAACGUGAAUGCCAAAACGUACAAAAACAAUGUGAACGGAAGAGCAAAAAGUAAACUGAAUUAGAAAAAUAUGUCGCACGUCUUUACCUGUAUGAGCACGUGAGGAAAGCAAAAAGCUUUGGCGCUGAAACAACAACUUUUAAUUCCGAUAUCACGUUAGGGCUAACGCAAUAAAAAUGCGAUUAAAAUAAAACCUCAUAGCGUAGAUAACUGCCAAACAACGAGUAAAAAACAAACAUCGCCAUAAAACUAAGGAGCGUAAGAGGGUGAAUUCCAUUCGCCACCGGCGGCAGGCCACUUUCUUGACAGUCCUAAUGGCCAUAAAGUCCAAUAAGCCACCAAAAAAGGCAUUCCGAAAACAAGCGAAAACGCUAUUUAUAACAUCAGAGCUGUGAUAUACAUACCAGUAAGAAAAUAUAUCAUAUUAAAAGACACACAUACAAACAUCCAUGCACCCAACACUAAAAACAAAAACCUCGAAGACCAAGCCAAGCGAAAUUGCUAAAAAUACGAAGGAACACAAAAAGGCAAAAACUUGUGGAUUAAUAAAGUACAUGCAUACUUGCCCAUAGCCGUUUGUAUAUACGAGUACAUACAUAUACAUAUACAUAUGCACAAACAUAUAUAAGCCAUAGGAAUUGAAGAAGGAGCAACGAAUAAAAACGCUCAUAGCUGUAGAUUUUCUCUUUUGAGGCCACCAGUUGAAAAAAUUGUUUUUAAAUACAACAAAAUGACACACCGAUUGCAUACUGCCGCAAUAAGCAAUUUCGCGUAGGACUAACAGAGCUGUUGGCACAGGCUGCGUCAGCGUUGUAGAACUUGGCAACUCAUUGACCUGUGGUAGCAGGAUUUAAAAGCUGUAAAUGACGUGCGCUCAAUUGCCGUCAACUUACUUUUUAAGCAGUUGCUGCCGAUUCGCAAGCCAGUAAACAAAACAAGCAUGCUCUACUCAUUCUGAGUGAAAGUGUGCGUUGAGAUUUGUGUUUCACUGGACAUACAUUUAUUAGCAAAGGCGCUGUGAAGAAAAGGCCAAUCGUGAACAAAGCGCUAACUGACUUGCGAAAUAGUUUGGUCAACCCGAAAGUAAUUUAUAAAAGCUAACUGCCAAAUCUGGUGCCAAGCAUCAAACGGCUGUUUCGUAAACUAUUAACACGCACCCGAGUAUUCGGGUGAAGCGUCGCACACAUGCCACACUCAUAAGAUCUCAGUACCGCGUUGAAGCACACUCAUCGCGAUAUCAUUAAUUUAGAACGGAAUGGACACGUCGACCUCAGCAACAACAAUGUCCGCUAUAAAGAUUACAAUGCCAGCAAAAGCAGCUAUACAGAAGAAGGAAGUGAAGCAUCCAAGUUCAUCGCUGUCAUCGUUAAUCACAUGUUUUAUAUCCUGUUUCAUUGUGGUUGUGAGUCGCAUAUCUCCUUCAAUAGCAGCAGAAGGAAUAACAACAGCUUCGGCAACAAUGCUUACAAAGGUAGAAACAGUAGGCGGCGGUAGUGAAGAUAGUACUUCCACCAUUUCUGCCCAAAGUGCAAGCCAUUUGGGCGCAUCUGGUGGUGGCGAGGGUAACGGAAUCGGUGGCAACGGUUUGAGCUGGGAUCAUGCCGUCGAUUUGAAUGAGGAUUUUCGCAUUUUAUGGACAAUCAUUAAUCAGGAUAUUACGUUCGAAAUACAAGCACGUACGCUGGGUUACGUUGGGUUUGGAUUUUCACCCGAUGGAAAGCUCGCUGGUGCCGACAUGGCCGUCGGUUGGGUGGACAAGGGUCAAACAUAUUUUCAGGACCGUCAUAUUAAAAAAAAUGGGAACGUUGAACCUUUGGUGGACCCAUCGCAAGACUAUAUUCUUAUGCGUGGGUACGAGAAUGCAACCCACACUGUCUUAAGAUUUAGACGAAAAUUGGAUACUUGCGACACUAUGGGUGACAUCGCUAUAACGAAUGACACGAUGAGGCUUAUGUAUAUGUACCAAACUCACGACCCACCUAAUGGAUCUCUCCAACCUGGGACAUUGCCUGACCCAGAAGCUGCUUUCCGCUCAUUUCACCCCAUGGUACUUACUCAAAAGGCUCAAUCGCAUUUUCGAAAGGACGAUCAAAUGCGGCAAAUAGAGCUUCGAAACGAGGAUGUUGAGCUACCGAGCGGAGAUAGCACAUUAUCUUGGUGCAAAAUGUUUAAAUUGGAGGACGUCACUCGCAAAAAUCAUCUAAUUCGAUACGAGCCGAUAUAUGAUUCAGCGUUCAGCAUACAUUACUUACAGCAAAUUACACUGUUCGAGUGCCAAGGCUUCCAACCGGAGCUGGAAAAGAUGGCACGCGAGCAAGGACGGCAGUGUAUCGGCAACCGGAUGCUCCUAUCCUGUAAUGCAAUUGUUGCAUCAUGGUCACGCGGAUCGGAGGGUUUUACAUUUCCUGGCGAAGCUGGUUAUCCCAUAGAAUCUGUUGUGGCCAAGUACUACCUAAUGGAGACGCAGUACACCAAUUUAAAACCGGAUUUUACUCAAUUGCACAGUCGACAAAUGGCAGACAAUUCUGGCCUGAGGAUAUAUUUCACCCACGUGCUCCGAUCUAACGACGCUGGAGUCCUGUCAAUCGGUAUGGAUCCAAAUUGGCGGCACAUAAUUCCACCGGGACAAAAGGAGGUAAUCUCUGUGGGACAAUGUAUUGAGGACUGCACCGCUUAUGCCUUUCCGCCCCAGGGCAUUCAUAUUUUUGCUGUUAUGAUGCGCACACACCAAAUCGGCAAGGAAAUAAAACUCCGUCAGAUUCGGCAAACUGAAGAGCUUUCUCCCAUCGCAAUGGACACCAACAUCGACCCAGCUUACCAAGACUUUCGCCACCUGCCAGCUCCGGUGCGGUGUAUGCCCGGUGAUCGACUCAUUGCAGAAUGCAUUUAUGACAGUUCGUCACGGAAAGCAAUUACCCUCGCAAAACGCUUCAUCAACACAAGAACAUCGGACACUGUCUCUACGCUGAUGAUCUGCACCUAACGUUCAACAGCAAGGACCCAACUGAAAUCAGAAACCAUUUCGAAAAUGCCUUGUUAACCAUCAACAGCUGGUCUCAGUACUCCGGCGCAAAAAUAUCUGUCGAAAUGUAAAUGUAAUAAAAUAUCUAUCUUCUAACAAAAGCCACGUCCACACUAACACCUUACUAAACAUCACUCGAUUCACCCUACUUCCCAAAAUUGAUUGUGGCCUACCUAUAUAUGGACAAUGCGCCAAAUCUUUCUUGAACGCUAUAAGACGACCAUACCAUGCAGCUGUCAGAUGCAGUCUGAGAGCUUUCAGGACAACACGUACGAAUAACUUACUGGCUGAGAGUGGUUUUCUCACAAUUGAAAACCGAAUAAGUUACAUAAGAUGUCUCCAAUCACAAAUAGUUUUCUCAAAUAGUUAUACGGUUAUCCAGAAAGAAAUCAAGCUCCUGAAUUUGCGUAAACAACGUCCUAAGUACUCUUCUGCGCUCACAUGUGUACACAAUAUAGCAGCAGAAUCGAGAUUAACACCUAUAUCCUCUCCAGCAGGGAAGUGGCCUCCGCGGGCGCUCCAAGAAAGCUCCUUCAUAAGCAAUCUUACAUUCCACCGGAAACAAUCACAUAACACAAUCGCCUAUAGAAAACUCUUCUAUGAAAUUAUAUACUACUAUAGAAAGCAAAAGUGGGAGCUACUAUACACAGAUGGCUCCAAAUCAUCGGAAGGGGUGGGAUUCGCAGUAGUUAAUAACAAUGGAUUAGUACUUAUUCACGGUAUCUUACCCUCAAUUGCUACCAUCUUUGAUGCUGAAGUUCAAGCUACUUAUAUUGUCUGCUCUUAACAUUGUUAAAAACACAAAGAACAAUACUAUUAUAUGCACGGAUAGCCUUUCUGUAUUUCAUGUCACUAGGUUAGCACCCAACCCAUCGGAACCAAUCACUAUUAUUAAGGAACUCAUGACACAAUUUGGUAACAGAGUCAAAUUAAUGUGGAUACCUGGUCAAGCAGGCAUAGUUGGCAAUGAGUUUGCAGAUACCGUAGCAAAAACAGCUAUAUCACCACUCAUCACUUGUAUGCCUUUCUCAAGCAAAGACAUAGCGAAAAUAGGAGCCAAAGCAGUACUUAAGCAGACAGCUGAUAAAUGGACAAACUACAACCAUAUUUACAAAAUGUACAAUCCGUCAAGAACCGCAAUUAUCCUUCCAAAUUCUACAACUGUAGCGAUGAACAGAUGCUUUGUCCGCCUGAGACUAGGCCAUACCAACCUCACACAUUCGCACUUAAUCAAAAAAGAACCUUCUCCGCUAUGUAAAUUUUGCGGAAACGCUACCCUCUCCAGCUCCCACAUUCUCACCGACUGUCCCCUUCUUAUAUCUACCAGAAAACCCAUUUUACAAAAUCUUAAUCCCCUUGAUAUUCUUACUAAAAAAUGUAAAGAAUCCAUUGAACUCAUCUUUGAGUUUUGUAAAAAAAAAUCUUAUAGAAAGGCUACUUUAAGAAACCAACAUUGUAAAUUUAACUUAAGCCGAUAGCCCUGGCAGCUAGGGCUUUACUAAAUAUAACUUUAAUCAAUUGUAAUUAAUUUUAAUAAAGAAAUAAUACUUUUUACUUUAAAUCCUUAAUUUUUUAGU